AUGAGCCAGCGCAUCCUCAUCCACCUCCGCGACGCGGCCGCGGCGCACAACCGCACCGUCACAACCCAGCUCGUCGUCUCCCGCGCCCUCCCCUCCGCGCACUCCAUCCAGCACGCGAUGCGCACCCAGCAGCUCUCUUCUAAGGAGCGCCAGCGCCGCGCGCACGCCCUGUCCACCGGCUUCGACCUCGACACGAACGACUACGGCGCGAUGGCGGAGCGCUCCGUGUACACCGUGUCCGGCAGCGGGCAGCGCUCGUGCGGGUGCUCGUGCGACUGCGGGUGGGCGUCCGCCGAGGAACGGGGCAGGGGUCGGGGGAGCCAUAGAAAGGGCAGUGGCAGGAGUCGCUCGCUGUCCGCGUCCGGGACGGGGACGGGCACUGGGUCGGGGACGAGUGGGGUCGGGCCGGUGGCGAGCGCGACGCUCGGGUCGGGCAGCCACCGCGGGAGCCGGCGCACGCGCGGGGACGAGGAGGCCGGCCAUGAGCACGAGGACGAUAUUGAGGAGGGAGAUGAGAGAGAUGAGAAGGGGGAGUGCCCGGAUGUGCGGGUGCAGAUCGAGGAGACGGUGACGGUCGAGGUCGAGUAUGACCCGGCUGUUUAUGCGCGCGAGUCGUACCGGACGCCGCGUGUGCUGUGGGAGGUGCGUGGGGGCGGUGGUGGGGACGGCGCGCGUGGGGAGACGCGUAGUUGGCGGAGUGCGGGGAGCGCCGCCGCACGGGCGGGAGAUGCGGGUCCGCCUUAA